AUGUCUGCAGCAGCAGUUAUCGUCGGCGCGCCAUCGGCAGGCCGGUCUAGCGACUGCCACGCGGCCACCCCUAGAAGCAGCUCGCAGGAUGAGCAGGAUGAAAACUCGAAUGAGUUUGAGGAUUUCAUGGGUCACGAAUCCAAAGAAGCCGCCGCAUCCCUUCCCCUCAAGAAACCUGUAAGCGCUCUGGCGACCUCCAAGAUGGCGAAUCAGAAUUACCCCAAGAAGUUGAAGAUCAAGCAUGAGUCGUUGUCACCGACCGACUCGUACCCGAUGGACAAACUCUACGCAAAGCUCUCUGAGCAGCAUUCGAUUAUGCAGCAGCAGACCGAGGCCCCAAAGGCUGCUGAUGACGAGACGGCGUAUACUCGCGGUUUCGACCACCAGUCGUCGUGCAGUUCGCUGCCCCUCACUCCAGCCAUCGAUGUUUUCCCCGCGCCCACCGCGCCGGGAAUUCGAUCUGCGAGCGCCACCCCGAUUGAGGGCCAGGCGACUGCUGAGGAACUCUUGCGGCUCAAGCUCGAGCUUGCCCAGGCUCAAAGCAAGAUUUCGCGAUUGGACCAAGAGCUCGCACACAAUCGCGUCAUGCCAGAGAGUGAGUGUGUCACACCAGUGCUGGUUCCCGAGCACGACUACGCUUCCGCUAUGGUGAACCCCAGUUCACCGCCCUCCUCUCGAGUCGGUGCUGGUGCCUUGGCGCUCAACGCCUCGGGCAAGAUGCCGCCGUUUUCUCGCGAGCAUAGCUGGAUGGGCCAGGACGGCACUCCCUCAGAAGUUGGCGACCCGCUACCAGCCACGGGUUUGAACCGUCCUCGAGGCAUCUGGAAUAAUAACACCAAGCCCGCAUUUGGCGGCUCCUACCCCCAGGGCCAGAUGAUGAUUGAUGGACCCCAGCAGAUGCCGUGGCCCAACACCCGCGCCGCCAGCUAUGAGCCAACCUUCCCGCCACCCGGCAUGGACAUGUACCGGCAAGACCGAAUGACUCCUGACCAGGAUGCGAUGAGACCCGUGGGCCGCCGUAGCAAUCGAUAUGAUAAUCGGUUUGGAUCGUCGAACAAUUUUGGUGGCGGUUUUAACGGUUACAACAUGGGUCCUGCUCCCUACGAGAUGACGCAGGGUUAUUCCGCCGGCCCGCAAGCCAUGAUGAGUGGGGGUAUGGGAAUCGGGCCGUACUCGCCUUACCAGCAGCAACCGGUGGGGACUGCGCUCUCUCCUCAUGCCACCGAGUUCACGUCGGCCAGCUCGUCGUGGAAAGGGGAGACUCUAACUGCGGACGGCCAAACCUAUGUGUCGCCCACCACCGAACCCCUCAAUUACCGCCGCCUGCUUGACCGGAAUGUUUCUUGCGACUGGAAAUACAUCGUCGACAAGAUCGUCUGCAACAAUGACCAGCAGGCUUCCAUUUUUCUGCAGCAGAAGCUCAAAGUUGGAACUCCCGAGCAGAAGUACGACAUCGUCGAGGCUAUCGUUGCCCAGGCCUACCCUCUGAUGAUCAACCGUUUCGGCAACUUCCUGGUGCAGCGCUGUUUCGAGCAUGGCACUCCAGAGCAGGUCAUCAAGAUCGCCCAGGCCAUUCGCGGCAACACGCUCAACUUGUCGAUGGACCCUUUUGGCUGCCACGUAGUGCAGAAGGCAUUCGACUCGGUCCCGGAAGACUACAAGGCGAUCAUGGUACACGAGCUGCUGCGACGGAUUCCCGAGACGGUUAUUCACCGCUACGCUUGUCAUGUCUGGCAGAAACUGUUUGAGCUGCGUUGGACCGAGUCGCCGCCGCAGAUUAUGAAGUAUGUCAACGAGGCCCUGCGCGGCAUGUGGCACGAGGUUGCGUUGGGUGAGACGGGCAGCCUGGUUGUACAGAACAUAUUUGAGAACUGUUUGGAAGAGGACAAGCGUCCCUGCAUUGAGGAGGUCCUGGCCAACAUUAAUAUUGUGGCCCACGGACAGUUUGGCAACUGGUGCAUUCAGCACGUCUGCGAGCACGGCGCCCCGGCGGAUCGCAGCCGGGCGAUCGAUCAUGUUAUCCGUUAUGCUGCCGAGUACAGCAUGGAUCAGUUUGCCUCCAAGGUCGUUGAGAAAUGUUUGAAGAUUGGCGGCCCCGAUUUCCUCGGCCGCUACCUGGACCGCGUCUGCGAGGGCCGCAUCGACCGUCCCCGGAUCCCGCUGAUCGACAUUGCUAGCGACCAGUACGGCAACUACCUCAUUCAGUACAUCCUGACCCACGCGGCUCCCCAGCACCGCGAGAUUGUCGCCGCCCAUAUCCGGAAGCAUAUGGUCUCUCUUCGCGGCUCCAAGUUCGGCUCCCGGGUCGGCAUGCUCUGCACCAACCACGCGGUUGCCACUCGCCCAGGCCCUGCCGUCGGUCCCAUGCCGGGACGGAUGGCUAGCAGCUCUCGCUACGGCAGCAGCUACCGCUAG